GGGACUGUGAGGAGUGCUCAAGCCGUGUCGAUCUUUCAUAGAUCUCUUUUUCUUUUUUCUUCCUCAUGCUGGACUGUGGACAAAAUAAAACUCAAAACGUAUUAUUUCAUGACCUAUCAAGCUUGAAUAUCGAUCGCGUUAUUGUAGUGUGCAGCAUAUAUAUUUUGGCUCUGGCGGUCUUUGUUUCUGUGAGUCUAAAGGCCCACUCUCGCUGGCUCCUGUCGGUCGAUAUCAUCCCACGAGACUGCCGAUAGAAAGGCUCCAUAUUUUCGCCUAUCGGAG